AUGGAAUUCACCAAAAAUGGAAUCGAUGCUCUUCGCAUCCGCGAUUCGGUCGAUGUGUGCGCGUUCUUGAAGAAGUUUCCUCCCGAAGUGAGGCUCAAAAUCUACGAAUGCUUGCUAGUCAAUGAUAUUCUGGGUACAGCAGACUCAGUAACUCAGAGCUCAGGGUUUGGAGCAAGAUUACAAUACGACUUGUCCCCACAGGUGUUGAGACUUUGUCAUCAAAUUCACGAUGAAGCUUUACCUGUUCUCUACGCAAAAAAAAACACCUAUAUUGCUUGUUUCCGAGUAAUUAAUGAUCCUUAUCCAACACCAUGGUAUUAUUCUGAUGAUGAAGAAGAUGAUGAAGGUGGUACAGUGUCUGUUGAUGGUCCUCAGGUGGAGCUAUGCCCUCUCACAAGAUACGAGAACGGUCUCACCACCGUACCAUUCCCAAUUACAAACCUUUGCAAUUACUCCAAUGUACGCAAAGUUCAAAAUUGGCGGGUGGUGGUUAGCAGACUCAGCGAUCCUGGUGGUCAAUGGAAUCCGAUAUGGUCUCUAGAUGAAUUCUGCCAAUCUAUUUGUGUCAAGCCACCAGCCUACCUAGAAGUGUUGUUGAUUCCUUGCGGCCUGGAUAAAAGUCACACCGGCUUCUAUAGAUCUAACCGGUUUGAUGAUAUUUUCAAACCUUUGAGAAUGCUUCGCAACCUCCGUCGAUUGGACAUCGAAGAUGCAUAUGCAAGCGAUGUUCCUGAUAUCAUUGAACUUGCUUCCGAUAAUGAGCGGGAGGGUCUUUUUAAGGUCCAUGACAAAGAUGGGGAACUGGAAAUCCCUGCGGAUUUGAUAGAGGAAUUGCAGACACUUACGACUAGUCAACAACCUGUCGAUCUCCUCCACAUGAUGCAUGAGGCUCUAACAGCUUAUGCACAAGCGUUCGAGCGGUAUCCAUCAUACAAGAUGCAGCUGGGAUUGAGACGAGAAGACAUAAUCGACCUUGACGACAGAGAUUUGGAUCAUAAAAAAUAUCUUCGCACAGGAGCUUUCAAUCCGUUUCACGCGCCAACCUUCCAUCCACUUGAAUAUGCGCUUUCAAUGGCCAAAGAUGCAGCGGUAUCAGGUGAGGCUGAGAUUUUCAAGGAGUAUCGUCGAAAUGCUCUUCGAUAUCUCGAGCCUCAAUGGGCCCGGAUCGAGGAGGCCAAUCACGAGAUGACGGAGUUUGUCAAACGAGAGAAAGUUUCUGACGGCUUGUUUGAUGUGUUUGCGAGGGAGAAGGAAUGGAGAAGUCCUUCAGCAUCCUCUGACAGAUUCAACGUCGAGAAAACGGACAAAUUGCAAGUUCCCCUGGUUUACUUAUAUACAAAUCGUAUAUAA